AUGUUUCUACGCUGCAGUCUGCUUGUAUUUUUAGCUUCGUGUGUGCUUGCAGCCUCUGAAUCAUUAGAAUCAAGUGAAGCAGAGUCGACAUUGGCAAGCGAAUCACUGGUAUUUACAAAGUUCGACAAAUCCACACUUGAUUUCAUCUCGAGUGAAUCUCAAUUGUCACCUUCGAUAGUUAAAGCGAAUAAUGGUGGACUCAAUGAGUCAGAAUUGUCUGUUAAUGAUUCCGGAAUCUUCGAAUUAAAUGGCAGUUUGGAUGCGUCCAAUUCAAAUGUGUCCAGCUCAACCUCUUUAAGUGUGGAGCAGUCCAGUCUUCUGUGUGAAAUUCUGGUGCUGGAAAUUAUGCUGACUGUAUCAAUUUUGCAUGAAACAAAUGAUGAUACGAUCAACAUUUUGGCCGAUCACAUGUUACCCAAUAAUGAUGCUACAACUCAUCAGAUAUUGAAAGAUUCUAGUGUGUUGAAAACCCUGGAGGAAGUCGAGAAAGUGGAUGAUAUAAACUCACACGAGAAAGUGAAACCUUUAGAGAGUGUGGAAAAAGUCGAGGAGGUAGAAACAGUGAAGACUGAGAAUACCAAGACAGCGAUGCCUGAAGAUAUCAAGACUGUGGAUUUUCAUGAAGAAUCGGACAUUCUAAACCAAACGGUUCUGGCAGUUCUUAAUAAAGAAGUUCUGCUUGAUGUAGAUGGUGAUACAGAGAUUAUUGUAUCCAAGGCAUACGAACAGGUUAAACACAUCAAUCUAACCAACAUCUCCAACAUUGACCUCAGCGAUGAAGAUGGAGAUGGAACAGCAGACAAUACCACCGAUGAUUGCCGAUUCAUGUCAUUUGAAGAGUGGAAGAAGCAGAAGAACCUUGAGGAUCUUGCCAAGGCUAGUUCUGAAUCCCAGGACAAUACUUUAAAGUCCGUUGUCAAUAAGGCUUUGCAAGUUAUAGAUCUCAACAAACCUGAAGUCAAGCCUGAAGUGCUUGAGGAUGAAGGCAGAACAUACAAGGAUAAAUUUAAUUAUGCCUCUGCUGAUUGUGCGGCCACUAUUGUCAGCACAAAUAGCGAUGCCAAAGGGGCGUCCGCCAUUCUCAAAGAGAUCAAAGACUCCUACUUGUUGAAUAAAUGCUCGACGCCAAAUAAGUUUGUUGUGAUAGAGCUAUGUCAAGACAUUCUAGUUAAUCACGUUGUGAUGGGCAAUUUCGAACUUUUCAGUUCUAUGUUCAAAUCAGUUAAGUUUUCCGUUUCUGAAAGUUUUCCAGUCACUACCGAGUGGAAAGAGCUUGGUGUUUUUGAAGCAGACAAUAUUCGAGAUCUUCAAACAUUCGACAUCGAAAAUCCACUUAUCUGGGCUCGUUACUUAAGAAUUGACAUCUUGAGUCACUAUGGUUCCGAAUUCUAUUGUCCUAUCUCCUUAGUUCGUGUUCAUGGAACUUCCAUGAUAGAAGAAUUCAAGGGUGUGAAUGGAAACUCACCUUCAGAGGUCGAAGAAAAGCCUAUUUCAACAGAGAACUUUCUCAAUUACACCUCAGAGUUCUCUCGUGAAGAAGACGAGUGUAGAGUUGUGUUGCCAUACCUUGAACUCAAUGAAUUCUUGAAAGACAUCAACGGAACCAAUGAAUACUGUCUAGUUCCAACCAUUGAGGAGUCUACUAUGUCCGCUGACUCUACAGGCGUGAAGACAACUCAGGAAUCAAUUCUCAAGAACAUCGUCAAUCGAUUAUCGCUAUUAGAGUCGAACGCAUCGCUUUCCCUCUUGUACGUUGAAGAGCAAAGCAAAUUACUCUCUAAUGCAUUCACUAAUUUGGAAAAGAGGCAUGCUUCCAAAUUCGAUAGUCUCAUCCAGAAACUUAACCAAACGGUGGUUGCUCAAGUGGCAUUCUUGGAAGCUACUCUUGGAGCCAUCAAGUCGGAAUCGAAGCAACUUCUACAAAAUCACGAAUCAUGGACCUCCAACCUUCUUUCCAGUGUCGAUGACAAAAAUUAUAGACUAAUGAGAGAAUUGAGUUUCCAGAGGACAAUCAUCGCUAUUGAUACUCUUCUUAUAUUGGCUUUACUCGCAUAUGUGAUUAUUACCAGAGAAUUCUUGAUCAGUGAGGAAGCCCCACUUGACGUGGACGAAGCUAUAACCAAGAGAACAAAACCCAUCAAGCAGUUCUUUGUUCAUUCUAGCAAGAAACCAAAAUCACAGAGAAAACGGAGGGGCCGGUCUUAA